AUGAAGAGCGCAGGACUCGUCCAGGUCUUGAUCUGUGUCGUCGUUAUGCUCCUCCCUGUCGAUCCACUCUACUCUCCCAUGCGAAGCUCCUUUGUGUCGAGCCAUCCCUCCACGUCAUGCCCGUGCAAGUGGGACAUCGCUAAGCUAAUUGAGGACGCAAGAGUUUUCAGUUCAGUAGAUGCGCAGCUAGUAUCAGCGAAUGCCGUCUCGCGUCUCAAGCCUCAAGGGUUUGGCUGCAGCACUCUGAGAGGAGGAUCGGAAACACCUCCCUUUCUCCUUCAAAAGACCUGCAAGUUCCUUGAGGAUGACGAGACUGAAGAGCUCAAAGGUGCCGACGCUCAGGUCUUGCAACAUCAGACCGGCUUUCUUAAACAAGACAACGUUUUGAAAGGAUCGUCGGAAUCGGUAAGGAUACUGAAAAGCAGUGCUAAGGCAACACAGAAACAACCGUUAAUCAGAGCAGCCAAGUUCUCGGAGUCAACCAAAGAGGAUACGAAUGCCUUGAAUGGUGUUCAGUUGUGGGAGUCAAGGGUGCAGAACAUUGAAACUUCGUUAGCUGAGCGAAAUGUUGACUGGGCUAUGAGAGUGAAGGCAAUACAAGAAAUUCCGAAAGUGCUCAAAGAGAUUGAAACAGGGCAGCUUCCCGGCGGUGUGAGUGUUCAACACACUCCUGUGAACUUGUUCUGCAAGUUCGUCCCGAUGAUAUGUGAACAAUUGCUAGACAAGAGGUCUAGUCUGGUCAAAGAAACCUGUGGUACAAUCACUGCUUGUAUUCAAAAUAUAGGAAAAGCUUUUGACUCAUAUCCAUCUGUUCUCCUAUCAAGUUUGCUCCAACUGACAUACGUGACAGUCAAAGUGAUCUCCUCGGCUUCAUGGGAUUGUAUUCAUUCCAUAGCUGAUUACUUGAACCUUGCCAAUGUCUUGAUCGAACUGGAUCGGGGGUUUCAAGAUUUGCAUCUCCCUCUCAGGCAUUGCUGCGCGAGUGUCCUUAUCCAAACGCUUAGAAAUCGAAGUGACAAGGAGCUGACUGCUCACAUUGAGAAUAUCUCUCGUCUGGUCGUCAAGGCCUUGAAUGAUCCUUCAGUUGCUGUGCGCAGUUGCGGGAAACAAGCUGUCUCUCAGGUCGCUGAAAAAUUCCCCGAACAUGCGCGGGAGAUUGUGAAACAGACUUCGGCAAAUAUGAGGAAUCAUCUCCUCAAGACAUUGAAGUUGGAAGAUUUCAACAAAAAUCAAAAAUCAAGGCCUGAAGAUCACGAUUUCCAUUCGUUCCGCAGAAGGUUUUUGCAGAAGGAUUCAUCCUCUGCAGGUGAAGAGAGCGCAACAGCCAACAGCCUUCCGGAAAACGCUUGUUUGAACACAGACACGCCUCACACGAGCUUCCUGACAAGUCCUCCCAGAAGGGUUCCAGUUGACAAGCCUCAAGAUCAGUCAGAAUUUGAGAAAUGGAUGCUCACUCCCACGUUCAGGUUUCUCAAGACGCCGGUAAGGAAGAUAAGAGAAUCGCUGGAACCCAAGAAGGACCUCCAAAGCUCCCAGAAAGGAAAGUUGAAUCGUCCUUGCUCAGCUCCCUCCGAGAAGUCGUUUCGAUCUGAACCACCACUUGAUCACAGUCGCAAAAUCAGCUUUGACGACAUGGACUAUGUUUUUAGCAGCGAGUCAGAUAACGACGAGAGCAUGGUUGGCUGCAAUGAUGUAUCAAGCGUCGAACGGUGUGAGCAGAAGAGAGUAAACAGUUCAACAGCCUUGAGCUCUUCCGUUAGCCGAGAAGCGAAGAGCUUCCAGUUUGAAACGCAUUGCAACAGGGAGACCUUGAAAUCUCAAGUUCCGACGCCUGAGCUGAAGGGUAUGAUGAUUGACUGGGAGACUGAUACUCAGAAGAUGGUCGUUGAAAGCGAAGACGAUAAAAGUCUUGGUCCAGUACUUCGCGCACAAGAUUCUCAUUGCUCUGAUCACCACUUAAAGGAUCAGAAAGUCACACAGCGCAAUUCCGAAAUGACCAAAAGCCAGAGAGAUAUGGAUACCAAGACGCUUGAUGAUAUAGCAGCAGAACAAAAUAAUACUCCUUCUCUGGAUGCCACAAAACAAAAUUUGAAGAAUAAUGAGCCAACUAUCUUGAAUGCAAGUUCCACAUGUGAUGAAUUUAAACAAGCGAAUUUUGAUUCAGUCGUCAAACCUAUUUCAGUGGAGUCUCUUCUCCAAGCUUGCGAUCGUUUUCUACUUGACAAUGAGUUCGCUAAAGUUGUCUUUUCGCGGAAUGUGACAACCCUACCUGUCAAGCGUUGCAAUGAUUGUUCUAUCUUACAGGACAAAUUGCAGCAGCAAAUGUCUAUCAACAACUUUCUCUUGGCCGCUCUACUCACUUGCAAGGUCAUGUGCGUGAAUUCUCCGAGAAAAGCUGAGGUGGUCGGGAAUGAAUCUCAAGUAAAUGUCAAUAAGAGUCCUGUAAGUAACGACGAGAUGGAACAGGAUCACGACCAAGCAGACAAGCGCGAUUCAGAAGCAGCAUGCAAUUAUGAGCAAGACAGAUUUCGAAGAAUCGAGCAGAACAAGAAAGCAUUGGAAGAGCUCGGACUGACUGUCAAGCCCACGCGCAGAGAGACUCGCGAAGAUUUGUCAUCUUUGGAGAAGGAAACAUCGACAUGGGAGAGUGAGGAUGAAUGGAAGAUGACGAAUGACAACUUGCAACUUGAGAGUGACGACAUGACGCCCUCAAGUUCCGUCUCGAGGGUGAGAAAGUCUCAGGCAGUGCAGUCAUUUUCCGGGCAGUCAACAAAAUAUAAGUCCAACCAUGCCGGCGAAGAUGUUGUCGAGAGGCCUAGUCGACUGCGGAGCUUGAGCUGCCAUCCACGUAAGGUGGAUCCCAAGCAGCCAGGGCUUUCAAGAUUGGAGCAAUUCAGAGCCGAGAUGGUCCGCGCGGUCUACGAGAGCGAAGGAACUUCGGCUGCGGAAGAACUGAUGGGAAGCUCGCUCCCUUCCGUGGUGACCGACGCAUUUGCAGACGCAGGUUGGAAGAGCGCGGAACAUGCGCAAGCAAACUCAGCGUUGUCGAAAGAAGAGCGGCAAGGCAGCUCGCUUUCCGAUUGCACCUCACAAGCAAGCGACGUCAUUGACCAGGAAGAAGAACGCAAACUCGAAAAGAAAAAGAAGAAGAAAACUUCUCGGUCCUUCCGGCAUGGUCAGGCUUCAAGUGGGGGUGAAGUGCUCAGCAGGAGAAGACUGGAGAAAAAGAAAAGAAAAGAAAACAUGCCAAGCCGGUCAAAGUCAAACAAGCUCCAGAGAACCGAACCAAGGGAGAAUGGUGUCGGCGAGAAGGAGUCAGAGGCAAGUACUACAAGGUCCAGAACAAAUACCUCUGCAAUAAUUGUGGGGGCUCGGGGCAUGUCAAGAGAACCUGCUCUGCACCAAACAGGGUUCUUGAUGAUUCGCUGGAAAGAUUGGGGUGGCAAGUUACAGAGAUCUCGAGAAGAGGAGGCACAUGCGUGGAGAAAUUUUACAUUCCUCCCGAUCGAGAAGUUCAGCUGCGAGGGAUCGCGAAACUGGAGGUGA